GUAGAUAGUCUUGUCCAAUCAGCAGAGUUGUAUUAUUUGAUAAAAUAGUUUCAAGGUGGUGCGGGGAUUGCUCCCUAUUAACAAGCUGUUACGUGUAUCGCCACUUAAAUAUUUCAAAAGAUAAACUUUAUAAAAGGCAUCAAGUGAUACGCGAUAGGUCAACCAUAUAAAAUGAAACUUGUGCAAGCUCAUUGUUAAACGUCUGAGGAUAUCAAUACCGUGUCCCAGGUGUAAUAUCAGACACAAAGGCACAGUGGUGUCAAUUAUCAUUGUAGUAUUGCUGCAGAACACGAUCACGCAUAAAGAGACAAUACAUCGGAAACUUUAAUUUGUCAACGGGCGGCAGAUAUUAGUGAUGGAAGACGAGCGUAGCCACUGAUGAUACACGCAAAAGAGCGGAAGACAUAUCAUCGCUCAAAUUUUGAAAGAUGCCAAAACAGCAGGUCGGACAUAGGCCAAAUCUAGAUUAAAUUCCAGGCAACAUUGAUAGUGGUCCUAUAUCAAAAGUAACAGGCCAAAUGCCUUGAUAUUGUCAUAUUUCAUGAUCAUGGUGACCUGUCGUCUUGUGUAGGUAUUUAAGGUCACCUGUCAUUUGUAUACACGUAAAAUAGGAGAAUUAUUUUUAAAAACUUAUAAUGUCCUAUUCCCUGGGAUCCGCACGCGCCUUUCUUCUUGGACUGACUGUCUUCUGCCAGCUGGUGUUUCUAUGUGUAGUAUGGGACUCGCUUAAUAUCAAAACCGAGGUUGUCAUGCCAUCUAAUAACUGCAAUACCCGGGGUUUGCUUUCGUCAGAUGAUGGCGACGUUGACGAUUUACGAAACGUUGAGUCGUUCACGAUGAGAGGUCUUAGCGACGAGGAUAAACUUAUAGAAAUGUGUAAGAUUCGUCCGGUCUCGAGUGUCAACUGCAAGUCACUGUUCACAGGAGAUUCCUCUGCAAUAGCAUUGGCGAAAAACACGAGCUAUGGGAAAUUGAUAACCGGGAACUGUUCUUUGAAUAAUCUGGUGAAUACAUGUAAGGUGUUGAUAAAAUCCCAUGGGUAUUUGACCGACAGGACUGUCCUCAGCGGGGAGGAAUUGGACUACCCACUAGCGUUCGCCAUUAAGAUGCAUAAGUCGUCAGACCAGGCUGAGCAACUCCUCCGUCUGAUAUACCGGCCUCAUAAUGUCUACUGUCUGUACAUUGACAAGAAGGCUAGUCCAAGAGUGUUUGACGUCAUGAAAAAACUAGCUGUUUGUUUCCAUAAUAUUUUUGUCAUACAAGAACGCAUUGACAUCAUCUACGCAAGUCUGUCACACGUUUUAGCAGAAAUGCAAUGUAUGCACGAGCUUCUAGCGAGAACAGUUCUUUGGAAAUACUAUAUCAAUUUAACAGGUCAGGAGCUACCUCUCAGAACAAAUCUGGAAAUGGUAAGGGUUCUUAAGGCAUUAAAGGGAACAAAUGAUAUUGAAAGUUUUAUAUUUCCGAAGCAUUUACAAUUUCGUGUGCGGAAACAUUUCACGGUAGUUAAAGGAACGCUGAAGGAAGAUAAAAAUACAACAAAGGAGAUGUUUUCUUUUAAUAUCACUUUAAGGAAAGGCAGCGCCUAUGGUAUUUUUCGAAGAGAAUUUGUCGAAUUUCUCCAUGAAGAUAUUGUUGCACAGAAGUUUAUCCAUUGGUUAAACGAUUCGUUGUCACCGGAGGAGACAAUAUGGGCUACAUUAAAUGGUCUCCCUUGGGCUCCGGGAGGAUACUCCUUGGAGACGAGUCAUGCGGCCGGUACGUUCUUGUCACGUGCAGUAAUAUGGACGUGGGACAAACCCCGUUGUUUAGGUCGAUUCUCGCGCAGCGUCUGCAUAUUUGGGAUUGGUGAUCUCCCCUGGCUCGCGUCAAGGCCACAGAUGAUUGCCAACAAAUUCGACCGAAUAUACGAUCCAAUAGCACCGGACUGCAUGGAGGAAUUAAUACGAAACCGGACCAAAUAUACAGAUCAUGGUUUUGAACAAUUGGACUGGUAUUUUUAUCGAAACCUACCCCAUGUUAAGUACUACGCCAACCGCACACAAGAAGAAAAGUCAAUGGCGUACUUAAGCAAAAAGAAAGACAUUUGGACAAAAGAACAGCAGGCGACAUAUUUGAAGAGAUUAAGGCGUGCCCCAUCCUAAUAGUAAGAUGGAAACAUGUGUGAAACACUCCAACAUUUGAAAACCAGCAUCGGUAUAUUAUGUGUAAUACAACAAUUGAUAGGUCGGAAGAUAGGCUAAAGCAAUCUGUCGCCGUCUAGUCGAAAAUUUCCAAAGUUUCCAAAUAUUGCUUUGUGCCAUUGUUCUUUCAUUAAAUCUACUUAAUCCAUUUUUUCAGGAUAUGUAAUGAGAAUAUUUUUUUCCACAAUUUUGGAAAAAAUAUUGAAAUUGCAAAUUUUACAACUUACUUUUUAGUUAAAAAUUGAGGUUAUUUUCAUUUAAAUUAAUAUAAAGACUGUUGUUUUAUUACGAUAUAAAUUUCAACUAAUAUUUCCUUCGAUGGCUUCAUUGGAGCAAGGUUUGAGUGACUGUUAAACGUAGAGGAAAUGAUUUUAAAGUCUCUAAGAAAUUGAAGAAUCCUUGAUUGCUUGACCAAUGUUUUAUAGCGAUACAUGUCAUGAGUUAGAAAACAAUAUUGACGAUGCGCCAAAGCAGGUAACUAGUCAUAAUGACAUUUACUUGAGGGCAGAUAUCUAAGAUUUCUCAGUAAGCCUAGUCUAGUCUUAUGUUAUUAUCCAUGGAAGUGUCCUUGUCUAUUUUUUGCAGAUUUAAACAUUGCCUUGCUUACAACUAUAAUUCUACAGCUGUUCUUAAACACAAAACUAACUGGCAUAUCAUAUUAUUUAAAAAAUAAUGGUGUAUUUUUCGUCUGACAGAGACAGUUUGUUUUAUAGGUAACAUAUCUUCUAAGUCCGUAACCACGAGUCCCUUCACAUUCCAGUGAGAACUAGACCCGAGAUGGUCCGGCUGAUGUGGUGUUUUGAAGUGGUAAAGGCUGAGUCUGAUCUAUGGGUAAUCCCCAAUAGUUAACAUGACCCCCUCCCCACUUACAUUACACGUGGUACUCUCUACUUCAAACGCCACGCGGAUAAAACCCUGUACUUAACGAUAAGGUCAAUACAUACCCCCACUGAUUGAUGGGUUUUGAAAUGGAGUAUUUUCCACAUAACAUAAUUAUUUUAAUAUUUGACGUGGUAGAUCAAGUGUUACUUAACAUAUAGUGUACUUAUGUAGUACCAACUAUGUAAUGUUUAUAACGAGGAGCCGUCUUCAGUACAUUCCACUAUCAACGCCCCAGAACUGGUUUUACAUUUCAACUACAAUUUUUAUGAUCUCUUGAGAAAACCACGUGUAAUUGAAUGUUGUUUUUUAUGUAAUAUUUACGUAUAGUCUAUAAGGAACUUAACCUUCUCCGAUAACAAUGGGUAUUUCGCCAUUGUUCCAAAGAAAACAUGUUUGGUUUAAGUAUGUUACUAGAAAUAUAUUAAGCGUUUUACUGCUUUUAGAUCGCAUUCAUACGCUUCUAUUCGUGUUCAAUUUGCUUUUAUCCAGUUGGCAUUCACAUUGCCUAUGGAUGCCAACUGAACACAUUUUAGUUACUAUAUUUACUGGGAAUGUGAUAAUCUUAUGGAAGAUUAACUUAUCAAAAUUCAACGUUUAGUUCAAAUAAGUGUAUCAACGUACACGUUUGUUCAAUUAGUUGAAAAGUCAUAUGUCCAGGGAAGGUCAAACGUUAUAAUUAUGACGUCAUUAUGAUAAUGCCUACAAACACAGAUCCCAGCCACUCACCAAGACCGUGGAAACUUUUAGUAAGCUUUAAUUAUUUUCAUUCUUUGUUAAUUGAUUUUGGUUGACUUUUGACCAUUCUUUUGCUUGGUUUACAAGUAACUGUAGCCAGGUAAGCAUAACAAUAAAUCUGUCAUUUAUAUCUGUAACACGUGAACGGAGUCAUAAACACGUGCAGUUACAACAUGUAACAAAAUCUGGCAAUCAAUUAAUAUUCUUAUCGCUAAAUUCCAUAAUUUAACGAUAAGUUGAGAUUUGAAUUAAUUGUUCGUUAUCUUUAGUGGAAUUGGGUUUCCUGUCGGGUUUAAGUGGUACGAUAAACAGAGUAGUAUACAAACAUUACACGUCAGCAUGAGGCUUGCAUAUUUUGAUGAAAUAUUACAUGAAUUACUUGAUUCCAAUUUAGAAAAUCUUCUUUUUGCAGCCUUCUUUGGAUAAUAAUUUUGAAUUUGCUUGCUUUAGCUCUCCAACAUAAAGGCUGGUGACGAAGUGCACGGUAAAAGUGCAUGUUUGGUUUAUUAGCGUCAUAGAGUACAUGUAUAAGGUGUGUGUUUGUGAAUGUGUGUUUGAAGGACUGUUUUUGUGUGGACGCGCGUUGGGUGACAAAGAAACAAAUCGUGAUUGGAAUCAUCCAUUUAAGUGUUGUGUUCGGUAUACGUUGGUACUUAUCUGUGAGACUGCUCUACUGUCUUUAUUGUGGGAGAAUAUGUGGAUUACAUUUGCUUUCGGGUUAAAACUAUGCAAUAAAUAAAACUAUUUUGCAAUAAA